CAUAAAAUAAUGGAAAGAAGGCACAAUAGUUCGAAGGGCUCAGUCUUUUGGGUUUCAGCCAUUUUUGUGGCGCUUCUUUCCACUGUUAUAGCAGUUUACACGUUUUCUAGUUCUAGAAUGGAUGGUAAUCAGGAUCUGUUGACUAUUUCCUUUAGAAAUAGAUUCAGCAGCAUUGGUUUGUCGCCCAUUGAUUUUGUUUCUCUGGUCAAGAGAGUGGUGAAGACGAUAGUAAAGAGCCAUCACAACCACCACCGAAAGCAGAGGACUGAUCCCUGCAAGGAUGUGAAGUGGCCGGCGAGGUUUGUGUAUGAGCAGAGUCCGUCACUUGUGAUUGCAGUGGAUGCACAGGGAUGUGGGGACUUCACAAGCAUACAGGAGGCAGUGAACUUGGCUCCUGACAGCAGCCCCAACAGAACUCUUAUCUUGAUCAAUUCUGGUGUCUACAGAGAAAAGGUGGUUGUAAAUGCUAGCAAGGGAAAUCUAACAUUUCAAGGUCAAGGGUAUCACACCACAAUCAUAAGCUGGAAUGAUACAGCCAACUCCACAGGGGGAACCAUCUACAGUGCAUCUGUUGCAAUUUUUGCCAACAAUUUCAUUGCCUACAACAUCAGCUUCCAAAAGAAUUCAGCAGCCCCAGCAUCGCCAGGGGAUGUUGGAGGACAGGCAAUUGCUCUCAGGAUAGCAGGGGACCAAGCAGCUUUCUACAGUUGUGGAAUCUAUGGAGCUCAGGACACACUUCAUGAUGACUCAGGGAGACACUAUUUUAAGGAUUGCUUCAUUGAAGGGUCAAUAGAUUUCAUCUUUGGCGAUGGAAGAAGCCUUUAUCAGGACUGCACAUUGAAUUCAAUUGCAAAGGCGGUGCCUGCUGGGGUGCAGACCAUCACAGGGGCCAUCACAGCACAUGGAAGAAGAUCUGAGAAGGAGAAAACUGGAUUUUCCUUUGUCAAUUGCACCAUAAUUGGCACAGGGAAGGUCUGGCUGGGAAGGGCUUGGGGUCCUUAUGCUUCUGUCAUCUUCUCGAGGUCCUACAUGUCUGAGAUCAUUGCAUCUGAUGGAUGGAAUGACUGGAGCGAUCCCUCCAGAGAUCAGGCAGUGUUAUUUGGUGAGUUUGAAUGCAUGGGACCAGGUGCAAAUAGUAGCAUGAGGGUAGCGUACUCUAAACAGCUCAGUGAGUGUGAAGCUGUUCCAUUCAUGGACAUAUCUUUCAUAGACGGAGAUGAGUGGGCUUUUCCUCCACUUUACCAGCCUCAAUCGAACUCUUCCAGCCUGCAGCCUAGUUGCCACAGGAAAGAGGGCAUUCUUCUUCAACCUUAUUGACCAUCAUUAGCUGCAGCGAUUGCUGUUCGUCGUUACUAACAGUAAUAUAGUUACUGCAUGCGUAUUUUUUGAGAUGUUAUGUUAAUCAUGUUCUUAGAUAGAGAAAUACGAACUUGGAAAAUUUAACAACUUAUUUUGUUUUGUCUAAUUAGUAUAUUGAUUGUAUCAAAGCAAAAAUGCUUUUGACGAUGUUAUUUAUAUUUAGCCUGUUGGUACA